UAUCCAGUUACCUACUCUGGCUCCCAUCUUCCUCUGGUAUCCCGCCCAUCAUGCUGGUUGUGCGCCGGAGUGCUUGACAUAUUUGGUCACAGUGAAUUGGCGAAAUGCCUUGAGCACCUCUGUUUGAGACCCUCAAGUAGACUGCGAAUUCUCGCCUGGGAGGAUGACAAUCCUCUCCACUGCUCUCCCAUUCACUCAGCCAUCAUCACCACUCGCGCGUAUCAGGCCAAUACCUAGGUAUGCCGGCAACCACGUGGCAGUUGGAUCUAGCCUUCUCCAGCCGACUCGAGCAAGUCACGAAACUAGCAUCUGCUGCGGAAACAUGCUCCCGUCUGACAACCAAAGCGGAUGCUAGGCGGGAGGCGACUAUCAUUGAGACGGAAAUCUUCAAUUGUGCAUGCUCAAUUGAAGAUUACCAUCGUCGAUGCGCCGAUAGGGUAGAGUUGUUGCAAAGAGCAUCCAAGCGACUCCCAGUCGAGCGGGACGGAGAGCCAAAGCCAGAGCACGAGCCAGAGUCAGAGCCAACGCCAGUCGCGGCUGGAAUUGAUAUUGGCCCGUACAAGAAAGCCGUUUAUCAUAGAGAGGGGCUGUUUUCUGUUGUCUACAAAGCCUCGCCGCCUCCUGACAAGAAAUUCCUUGCUCCCCAGGGCUUCCCAGAGGUUGGGAAUAUCAAACUUGUCGCAUUGAAGCUCACGAACCCCUCCACAAUGCACCCUCCCCAUGACUGCUUUCGGGAGGCCAAAAUCUUGAAACUGGCUCAAUCGGCCCGCGUAAUCCCUUUACUGGAGACCUUCCGUGAAGCUUCCCACUUCGUCAUUGUGUUUCCUUUUAUGCCUUUCGAGUUCGGCCAACUAUUGAAGCAAGACAGACUCUCCCGUGUUCGGAUACGGGACUGUCUCAGGGACCUGUUCACGGCGCUCAACUUCGUGCAUGCCCAAGGCAUUAUUCAUAGGGACGUUAAGCCGUCUAAUAUACUGCUCAAGAGUGCAGAGGGCCCCGCGUACUUGACGGAUUUUGGCAUUUCUUGGAGUCCGGCUGCUCCCGGUUCAGAGGCUGCCGGCUCUCUGAUCACGGAUGUUGGCACCACUUGUUACCGUCCUCCAGAGCUGCUAUUCGGCGACAAAACCUAUGGCUGGCCCCUUGACGCUUGGGCAGCUGGCUGCGUCGCCGCAGAGGCAUUGGUCCCGGGUCACCCGACUCUGUUCGAUUCCGGCGAACUCGGUAGCGAUCUGGCUCUCAUACACAGUAUCUUUAGCAAGAUGGGGACCCCGACAUUGGACGAAUGGCCUUCCGCUGCCCGAUGUCCAGAUUGGGGCAAAAUGGUGUUCAAGGAAUAUGGCAAGCAGCAUUCGUCUGAGCUGAUGCCCAACUGCAGUUUAGUUGAACGAGAUUUCGUCUUCAACCUCGUGCGAUAUGAGCCUGGAGAUCGCAUGUCCGCUUCCAAGGCACUUGAACACGAGUAUUUCACAGCGCCGUUCGCUUGAGCCAUAUCAGCUGUGCAAUUGAUACCCGAUCCCUCCAGGAGGGUAAAGUGAUUCGUUGGGUGGCUUUCAUUCUCGGUAGCCUGCAAGAGCAUCCAAGACGCAAGAUCCGUAUGAACAUCCUGCAGCCAACAUAGAAAGACGAAUAUCUAGCAACACAAGCGUACCGAAAUUGUAGAUCCGGGGGCCCUAGCAUGAAAGUACAAUACUUACAUGUCUUUCAUUUUCGGAGCCACUCUUAAUUUAUAUCGUCUACACUACGCUCCCAAUUCUUCUGCACUUUAUGCAAUAAAGAGUUUUGGGCAGCAUCCUCGGGACGGCGAAAAUAUGAGGUACGAAGGGACUGGCUGAGGUUGUAAUGCGCGUUCACCAUGUUUGCAGUUGUCGCGGGGUUUCCAGCACAUUCAGGUAUACUGUGUUGUGGUGUAGUUACACUGUGUAGCUAUCCUGUAUAGUCUACACCUGAAUACACACUUGAUGUGGAG